AUGGCCGAGGGCAUUCAGUUCGUCCCGGUUCUCUCUUUCCUCGCCUUCAAGGACCCUGUCGCCUCCAAGCAGAGCAGCCAUGGACUAUGUCAGGGCAUCGGGGGUUACCUCGCUACGACCCCUACGGCCGCGACGCACGCGGCUAUGGUGGACACCGCACGCGAGGUGGCGGGGCAGGGGGCCUGGUUCGCACACCUCGGCGCCUCAACGCUCGACCCCACCCGCACUAAUUGCCCGCGGCCGCUCACGGAGGAAUUCCCAUACGGCGGCGCGACCAGCGAUUGCUAUUGGCGCUGGAAUCAGGGGCGCUGGCGGGAGCUCCCUGACGAUGCCUCACGCCGGUUUUACACCCCCGGUCUCGGGAUCACCUUUUUUAUCGGGAAUUACUACGAUCUGAAUGCCUCGGAUGUCGGCCUGGUGCAUGGGUUCAUCUCUCACUUCGAGAACAAUCGCGAGGGGUUGACCCCAGCGGACCAUCGGCCAAACUGCCUCCUCGGCAACGACCUCCUCGUAGUGGGCAGCGAAAAAGGGGUGGAGUGGUCGGACAACCUCGACGUCGGGGGCUACAGCUACGCAGGGUAUAAUUACUCCAAUGUGGUUUCGGGGUGUGGGUGGAACACCGCCGCGAGGGAGGCCACUAAAGAUGAGUUUCUUGCCGUCUGCGAGAUCCAGGUCCCGACUCCCCUCUUCAGUGAGAUCGAAAAGCAUGUAACCUCUCCCACCGACAAGUGGUGGAUACCCUAUUUCAUUGUCUCAUUCCUCGUUUGUUUAAUUUUAUUUAUCAUAGUAUGGCGUUGCCAGGAUCGAGAGGACGAGGAUGAACCCCUGGAUGAGGUUCCCGAAUGGGUAGAAAUGGAGGCAGAAGGGCUCAUGAGGAGCAAGUCUUUCGUAAGCCAGCGCGCUAUCGAAUGCCCAAAGGGGAAAGAACAGUUUAUGCCGUGCACAAACGCCUCAGGUCGCUGGGUUACUUCACAACUAUCCACCAGGAACAUUUGCCCUCCUGUGUGCAUGGCCGAGUUUACGCCUAAUGAAAACCCUCCUGUUACCGAUUUUACAAAUGUUCAUAUUUUUGACCGUGAUGGUAACAAUGUGGAAUAA